AUGAAUCCAAGCCAACAGUCACAGACUCACAGCAUGCGGAGGGCUAAGACUUUGCUGCUUCUUUCGCCAACGGUUUCGUAUAAUUCGAUCUUGGGACCAAGAUGGGUACCAUAUGGGGUACAUGACAUAUAUCCACCAGAAGGGUCUAGAGAGAGAGCAGACGACGAUGCAGGACAAAGUUCUUCCAUGUUUUUCCCCCUUAUAUUGGUUGCGCCUAUAUGGUUUAACUUCUAUUUCUGUCCAGUUGCAAGAAUUGACACAUAA